AUGGCAGCGGCGGCGGCGGCGGUGGGGCCGGGUGCGAGCGGCGCGGGGACAGCGGUCCCGGGCGGCGCGGGGCCCUGCGCGACCGUGUCGGUGUUCCCCGGCACCCGCCUCCUCACCAUCGGCGACGCGAACGGCGAGAUCCAGCGGCACGCGGAGCAGCAGGCGCUGCGCCUCGAGGUGCGCGCCGGCCCGGACGCGGCGGGCAUCGCCCUCUACAGCCAUGAAGAUGUGUGUGUGUUCAAGUGCUCAGUGUCCCGCGAGACGGAGUGCAGCCGCGUGGGCCGCCAGUCCUUCAUCGUCACCCUGGGCUGCAACAGCGUCCUCAUCCAGUUUGCCACGCCCAGUGACUUCUGCUCCUUCUAUAACAUUCUGAAGACGUGCCGUGGGCACACGCUGGAGCGCUCAGUGUUCAGCGAGCGGACUGAAGAGUCCUCGGCUGUCCAGUACUUCCAGUUCUAUGGCUACCUGUCCCAGCAGCAGAACAUGAUGCAGGACUACGUGCGGACCGGCACCUACCAGCGCGCCAUCUUGCAGAACCACACGGAUUUCAAAGACAAGAUUGUUCUAGAUGUUGGCUGUGGCUCUGGGAUUCUCUCCUUUUUCGCUGCCCAAGCUGGAGCCAGGAAAAUCUAUGCAGUGGAGGCCAGUACCAUGGCCCAACAUGCUGAGGUGCUGGUGAAGAGCAACAACCUGACAGACCGCAUCGUGGUCAUUCCCGGCAAGGUGGAGGAGGUGUCACUGCCCGAGCAGGUGGACGUGAUCAUCUCGGAGCCCAUGGGCUACAUGCUCUUCAAUGAGCGCAUGCUCGAGAGCUACCUCCAUGCCAAGAAGUACCUGAAGCCCAGUGGAAACAUGUUCCCCACCAUCGGCGACGUCCACCUGGCACCCUUCACCGAUGAACAGCUCUACAUGGAGCAGUUCACCAAGGCCAACUUCUGGUACCAGCCAUCUUUCCACGGAGUCGAUCUGUCGGCCCUUCGAGGUGCUGCUGUGGAUGAGUAUUUCCGGCAGCCUGUGGUGGAUACCUUUGACAUCCGGAUCCUGAUGGCCAAAUCUGUCAAGUAUACAGUGAACUUCUUAGAAGCCAAAGAAGGAGAUUUGCACAGGAUAGAAAUCCCAUUCAAGUUCCACAUGCUGCACUCAGGGCUGGUCCACGGCCUGGCCUUCUGGUUUGACGUUGCUUUCAUCGGCUCCAUAAUGACCGUGUGGCUGUCCACGGCCCCCACGGAGCCCCUGACCCACUGGUACCAGGUCCGGUGUCUCUUCCAGUCACCGCUGUUCGCCAAGGCCGGGGACACGCUCUCAGGGACAUGUCUGCUUAUUGCCAACAAAAGACAGAGCUACGACAUCAGUAUUGUGGCCCAGGUGGACCAGACGGGCUCCAAGUCCAGUAACCUUCUGGAUCUGAAGAACCCCUUCUUCAGGUACACGGGCACCACGCCGUCGCCCCCGCCCGGCUCUCACUACACGUCCCCCUCGGAGAGCAUGUGGAACACAGGCAGCACCUACAACCUCAGCAGUGGGAUGGCCGUGGCCGGCAUGCCGGCCGCCUACGACCUGAGCAGUGUUAUCGCCGGCGGCUCCGGCGUGGGCCACAACAACCUGAUUCCUUUAGCCAACACGGGGAUCGUGAAUCACACGCACUCCCGGAUGGGCUCCAUAAUGAGCACGGGCAUCGUCCAAGGCUCCUCGGGCGCCCAGGGCGGCGGCGGCGGCGCCAGCGCCCACUACGCCAUCAACAGCCAGUUCACCAUGGGCGGCCCGGCCAUCUCCAUGGCGUCGCCCAUGUCCAUCCCGACCAACACCAUGCACUACGGGAGCUAGGCGCGCCGCGCGCUGGCCGCACCAGGAAACCAAAUGACGCCCGGGCGACGCCGGCCACGCCCUCCGUGCCAUGGGGACUCGGAC